AUUUUUCCGACCGAACUAACGCUGGUGCAAACUCGCAGCUGUUCUUAGGUUUUGUUGGAAAUGUUUCCUGUUAGUAUUAUUUUAGAAAUCCAGCUUUAUUUACUCGUUAUUUAGAAACGUAGGGGCACAAAUGUUGUGAAAAUUCGGAAAUUUUAUGAACUGAGAUCAUGGUUGAAAACUCUCCGUCUCCUGUCCCCGAGAGAGCUAUUUAUGGGUUUGUUCUCUUCCUUGGCUCACAGUUUGGUUUCUUUCUGUACUGCUUGUGGGCAUUUAUACCAGAGGAGUGGCUGCAUUCAAUCGGACUCACAUACUGGCCUCAAAAAUACUGGGCUCUUGCAAUGCCAAUCUACCUGCUGGUUGCAAUAUCGGUGUCAUUUUUGGUGUUGUUUGGGAUAAACAUGACCAACACUGCUCCACUGGACUCUGUGGACAACAUCACAGAUGUAUUCGCACAAGGCCAGAGGGCCGACAGCGACUGCAAAGGCGGAGUUCCUCGACUUAAAGAUGUGUCCGUUAGUGAGGUCAACAGAAUGUUUUAUUUGUCCCCUGAAACAUAAUUGAUAAACUGAGUUGUUGGCAGAGUAAAACUAUCUGUGUUUUACCUGGUUUGUGUUUUAAAAAACUGUUAAAUGUGUAAUAUAUGAUUUGUUCUUCAAAAAUAGCCUCACAACUAUUUUACAAUACCCGUCUAACCUUUUGAUUAUUUUCAGUUUCAUGAAACAAUCACAGAUGUUAUAUUUAUCAUUUAGUAAAUAUAAAUGUAGAAAAAAGAUCAUUUUAAAGCUCAGUUUACCUGCUGGGAUGACUUGAUGGGGAAACAAGAGUCAAAAGAGCAACAGUAAAUAACUUUGUGUUAUUAUGACUGGUUGUUACACUGAUGAUCUAAAGCAUAACUGAAACUGUAUAAAAUAUCUUCGUUUGUGAGAAACGGUGAAGUUUAAAUUGUAAAAAAUGAAGUAAAGUUUCCUGACAGAGAAACAAGGCAUGUAAAUCUCUUCUGAGCUUUAUUGUAAGGUGUAAUUUAGACAGGUGAAACGUGAUAAAUUACAAACGGUGCAAGUUUUCAAUAAUUCAUCUUAAAAGAUAAAACUACUAUAUGAGACACUCAUUACAUGCAAAGCCAGAUAUUUUAAGCCUUUAUCUGUUAUAAUUGUAAUGGUUAUGGCUUGCAGCGUAUGAAAAAUCUCAGACAAUUAGAAUAUUACAUCAUAUCAAUAAAACAAGGAUUUUAAAUAGAGAAAUGUCAGACCUUUGAAAAAGUAUAAUCAUACCUGUGUACUCAGUAUUUGGUUUGAGCCCCUUUAUUGUUUAUUGAAUUAAAUGAACUUUUGCACGAUUUUCAAACUUUUCAAAUUUCACCUGUAUGUGUAAAUGAAAUUUUCUUGCGUUUAAGCCACUUUUUUUAGUGAGUAACUGCAGAGAUGGGUUACUGAGUGUGGGACUUGAGAGGCUCUUAAAGCUGCUAAAAAUAACUAUUGGGCAUGACUGUGUAGUGAUGAUAUGUUCAGUGUUUCUAAGCAUGACUCAUUUGGCCAGUGAAAAGAAAGAACAUUGUUAUUUUGUACUUAUUUUAGUUAAAUAAAAUUUAAAUAUAGCAUUUUAGAUUUGUUUAUUCUUGAAUUUGGGGUUUAGAGCUAUUGGAGUUUUCUCACACCAUCUUAAACUCAGUAAAAAACAGAUGAUUAAAAUCAUUUUUGCAAAAAUGGUUAAAUCAAGGAAUUAGUACAUUUCUCUGCUGCAUGAGUAUGUAAUAAAUGGACUUGUAUGGAUGGGAAAUAAAUGUCACUGAUGAA